AUGGCCGGCAAACGAGUGCCGUUGACGGCAACGGCCAAGGAGGCUGGUGAUGGUGAUGAGCCGUUUGACUUUGGGUGUCGGACGUGGGGUCAAGUCAAUUCGACAACGACGACGACGACAACGACAACGGGAUUAUUGGCUGGCGAUGUUUGUCGCAUCAAUGGUAAAGUGGGCCGCUGCGUUCCGGUUGAUGAGAACAACGAAUACCAGCAGCUGUUUCGGAAGCGCGCACGCACCGCAGCGGAAGAUCUGCACCUCGAGAAGCACAUCUGCGAUCGGCGUAAGCGGUUAACCUGUCGUCUCGGUACGGUGAACGAUGAGCAGUGUGGGAUCCAGCUGGAUAACCGGAUCGUUGGUGGAAACCGGGCAUGGCUCGAUCAGUUCCCGUGGAUGGCGUUGAUGCAGUACCAGGAUCAUCGGAAGGGCCGCAAGCUAUUCGCCUGCGGUGGUGCUUUGCUCAACCGAAAGUUUGUCCUUUCGGCGGCCCAUUGCUUCGUGCGACUUCAGGCAGGUCUAGAGUUUAUGCUGGUACGACUCGGUGAGUGGGACACUCAGUCAGAGAUCGAUUGUGAGGAGGAUGGUGACGAGACGUACUGUGCGCCACCGGUCCAGGAUUUCGGUUACGAGAAGCUGAUCGUCCACGAACGGUACACCGGCAACUACGCGGAUCGAGCAAACGAUAUUGCACUGAUCAAGCUCAAUGGCACCGUGGAGUAUGGGGAAUACGUAAAGCCCAUCUGUCUUCCGGAACCGACGACUGUGGACAAGGAGAAGAUGUACAUUGGAACCGUUUGGGCUGCCGGUUGGGGUCGUACCGAGACGAGUGCUGGAAGUCCUUACAAGUUGGUCGUGCCAUUGAGGUAUUCCGAUCAGGAGCAAUGUGGUGCGACCUAUCGAGCUAAGGUGAGAAUUCCGGUCAUCGAGACUCAGUUCUGUGCGAUGGGUAAUCAUGGCCGGGAUACCUGCAAUGGAGACUCUGGUGGACCGCUGAUGAAAUGGCUUCAGUCACGGUACUACGUCACGGGCGUUGUGAGCUUCGGUCCGCAAAGAUGUGGCACCGACGUUCCGGCGGUUUAUACGAAGGUCGAUGCGUUCCUGGAUUGGAUUAUCGACCACCUGGUGUUGCAUGAGGAUCGGUUUUAGGGUUUAGGGUGCGUUAAUUGUUUUGUGAAUAAGUACAAUAAAUUUGACUUCAA